AUGAUUAGUACGGCCUUGGAUGAUCCGAGCCAAAGAGAGAAUCUAUUUCACUCCAAAUGCUUCAUCAAGGAUAAUGUGUGUUCCUUAAUCAUUAAUAGCGGGAGUUAUGCAAAUGUUGCUAGUACUGCAUUAGUGGAAUUCUUAAAACUUCCUAGCACUAAGCAUACUACACCUUACAAACUUCAAUGGUUGAGUGAGUGGAGAAUUGAGGGUUCAUCGACAAGUGAUGAUCAAGUUAAGAUUAGGAAGUAUCAAGAUGAGGUUCUAUGUGAUGUGGUCCCAAUGCAAGCUUGUCAUGCACUACUCGGGAGACCUUGGCAACAUGAUCGUUCAACCAAACAUGAUGGGAGAACCAACAAGUAUUCACUUGUGUUGAAUGAUCAUAAAUAUGUUCUUCAUCCUAUGUCCCCCUCUCAAGUCAAUGAUAUAUAUCAAAUGAUGAGUGAGUCAAGGGAAAAAAAGAAGUGUGAAGAGGAACAUGUGGAGGUCGAGAGCCAAGAAGAGGAGGAGAUGAGGAAGUUGAAAGGGAAAGCCCAAGUGUUGUUGGCUAAUUACAAAGAGAUAAGGGAGGAAAUUGAGUCCGAAAGUUCUUUGAUCCUUAUCACCCAUAGGGAUCAUGAUUAUGAGGAUGUCUUCCCAAAGGAGCUUCCAAGUGGAUUGCCCCCUCUUUGGGGAAUUGAGCACAAAAUUGAGUUUGUGCUGAGAUCAUAA